UGAGACUGGGAUUUGAACGCAGUCUCCGUUUCACGGCACGGGACCGGUUGUUUUGAGCCGAGGCGGUCGGUUGAAGAUGUUGGUGCGAUGCUACCGGGGCAAGCUGUCGGUGUGGGCCGCUAUGUGCGUGCUGGUCCUCUGCUGGUUCUACGUGUUCCCCGCCUACAGACUCCCGCGCGACAAAGACAUCGUGGACGAGGUGCUGAAGCAGGGAGGAGUAUGGCAGAAGAACCAGACGGGCAUCGAUCUGUACAGGAAGUUGCUGACAGAGUGUUGCGAUCCGAGGAGAAUGUUUGCGGUGACAAAAGAGAACUCGCCGACGGGAAAGGUUCUGUGGUACGACGGCGAGUUCUACCACUCGCACACCGUCAACAACGAGACCUACCCACUCCUCGUCAAGGACAACCCUCUGCGCCUGCCGCUGAAGAAGUGCGCCGUGGUGGGCAACGGGGGCAUUCUGCGGGACAGCAAGUGCGGACGGGACAUUGACCAGGCCGAUUUCGUCCUUCGGUGCAACCUCCCACCACUGUCAAAGGAAUAUGUGGAUGACGUGGGAACCAGAACUCACCUGGUUACAGCCAACCCCAGCAUCAUAGAGAAAAGGUUCCAGAACCUCCUGUGGUCGAGGAAGGUCUUCGUGGACAGCAUGAAGGUCUACGGCUCCGGCUACAUCUACAUGCCGGCCUUCUCCAUGAAGACCGGCACCGACCCGUCGCUGCGGGCGUACCACGCCCUGGCCGACUCCUCCUCCAACCUCACCAUGCUCUUUGCCAACCCCGAGUUCCUGCGCACGGUGGGGAGGUUCUGGAAGGCCCGCGGCGUGCACGCCCGCCGCCUCUCCACGGGGCUCUUCCUGGUCAGCCUGGCCCUGGGGCUGUGCGAGGAGGUGACGGCCUACGGCUUCUGGCCGUUCUCCGUGGACCUCGACGAGCGGCCGGUCAGCCACCAUUACUACGACAACAUCCUGCCCUACAAGUGGUUCCACGCCAUGCCCGAGGAGUUUGUGCAGCUCUGGCACCUGCACAAGAGCGGCGCGCUGCGCGUGAGGGUGGGACGCUGCCCGGCCCAGGGGGGGGGGAGCUAAGAGCCCGCCCCCGCCCCCCCGGGCAAAGUUUCGGCGGGAGACGUUCGUAUAUCGCUCAGAGGGAAGGAGGUCGGCGUGGUCGCGGUGGUGGCGGUAGAACCGCGGGGGGGGGCCCCCGCAUUCGCCGCGCCUUGGUCCCCAGUCCCGCUGUCCCGCCAGCUAAUCCCUAAUUAUCAUAAGAAUGUCCUCCACCCGGAAACCGGCCUCACUGGGGACAGGAGACGCACACACACACACACACACAUUACCCAGUCACGCGAUGUCUCUAUUUCCCUAGUUUCUGAAAGUGUGUGUUUGUGUUUGUGUGUGUGUGUGUGCGUGGGUUUUUGUUUGCGUUGGGCCACAGCUGGGAGCUAAUUAUGUGUGACGGUCGGAUGGGUGAGGGAGGUUACUGUAUCCUACUGACGUAUGGGGCAGCCGGACCAAACACCACCACCCCUCCCCCCAUCUGAGUCUUACCAAACAAGGGGGAGGGGCUUAUAAAAGGCCCCGAAAGACUGGCGAAAUACUAGGAUCAAGGGAGAGAUAAUGUCAUCCUGCUACAUUGUUGCCUGAAUGGGACCGAAAUGUAAUGGACAAAAGGAAAAAAAGACAGGUGGGGGUUGGGGACUUGGGGUGGGAGGGGCAGGCCGGUAUGUGUAUGAAAGGAUUUUUGUCAGUGCUUUUCGGCAGCCGAGCGCUUGAGUCUUAAGUUCUACGUCCCCAAGAAUGUUCACCCGAGUUGCAUCGAACCCUUUGAUUGAAAGGGGGGAAACAUGUUGUAUAUGUGCGUUUCUGUUAGCCAAAUGUCAUUUUGAGUAUCAUUAAUGCUUUAAUUAAUUUCAACUUUUUGCGAUCACAAACAAACAUUCCUUCAGCAAACAGGCCUCCCACACACGGCGGGUCAUUACUUCUUCUCCAAGUGAACGUCUGUGAUUCAUUCACAGUCUCUUGGAAUCCGUACAAUCCCUGCCGAGUGCCAAGCCCGGGGGAACAGUGGUCCCUUUGAUACCCAGCCCAGGACUGUCCUAUUGCGCUAGAUGGUAAAAACACUGGUAUAAACACUGGAUAUGGCAAAGUGAAACGUCUUGAAGGUUGCACACAGGGGAGACGGGAAAAAAAAAAACUUGCUGAUGUCCACAGUGCAGACACACAGGGUCGUUUUCGUUUCCAAUACUUUGCCUUGCAGAUGGAAAACUUGAUUUUGAAAUUGUUUUUCUCUUUUUUUUUUAAACGUGCUAAAUGUGACCGUGCCAUUUUGUUGACGAGGACGACUCUGCAUGUAACGUGCAUGGAGCGAACCCGCAAUCCCUGAAAAUACCCCUUUGGGAUCAAGGUGCAGAACAUGUGGGUGGUUUGGUACUUGAUGCCUUUAUUUUACUCAUGGUGUGCGUCAGUGGGCCCCAGUGCCUUUUGAGACGUGUCGAGGCACAAAAAAAAAGGUGGGGGGGGGGGGGGAUUCAAACGAGGGAUUUUUUUUUUUAAUGCUGACCGUGUUGUUGACUCGGCGGAUCAAUCGAUAUGGGACAGUGAACCCAGCUGUUGUGUGAAGUGCACGUAGGAGAGCCACAUACUGCUGGACGAAGCUGACACAGAGACACUCAUCUGAAAUCCUAAAUGCUCGCGUCGCUCUCCGAGACUUUCGCUGCGCUCCUUCUGCUGUUUGUCAAUUGCACCUUUUAUUAUUUCCUCCACUUCCCACGUCUUGUGCAUGAGUGACAUGUGACAUGGUGGUGAUUAUGAGUCAGCAUGAUUUAUUUUUUCUUCCUUUUUUUAAAUGUCUACUUUUGAUGCGUUUCCUUUAGUUUCAGAUUCCUGUCCAUCCUACUCGAGGGAUCAAACGAGCUGAUGUGUCUUAUCAAAAGGGUGAUUAAUGUCGGUUCUGGUAGUGCACACGGGAAGAAAUCCUCAGUGGUUUACAGAUGUGAUUUGAUGUGGUAAAUCAGCAUGUAGUUAAACCGGCAAGUUGGUCGUCCCGCUGGGAGCCUCGGUCGUUCCAAAUUGAUAAGUAACCAUUACCCUUCAGUAAGUAAGGUGAUCAUCAAUUCGGAGCAUGAAAAUAAAAUGCCAGCUGCCGCCACCCCCUCCCACCCUCUCAAUUUCCUUGUCUUUGUGCAUCCUGUACGCAUUCACAUGGGGUCAGUUGACUGAAAGAGGUAAAGCAUUGGUCAUUCACAAUGGCAGAACUGUCUAUUUUCCUGGACACAUUUAUGUGGCUGCAGGGGGACUCAUUUGGUGUCAUAGAUCUGUUCGUGGAAAGGUCACAUGUUUGACCCCCCCCCCCCCCCCCCCCCCCC